AUGGACAAGCUGAGCGUGCACCACGGGCAGCACAACGGCAUCUCCAAGCCGCCGGUGCACCACCACGGCAAGGGCGGCGGGAAGGGCAAGGGCGGCGGCAAGGGGAUCAAGGUCGUCUACAUCUCCAGCCCCAUGAUGCUCACCGCCAGCGCCGAGGAGUUCCGCGCCAUCGUGCAGGAGCUCACGGGCCGCGACUCCAACGUGGCCGACCACGACCUCCCGGGCGUCCCGUCCUACUACUCCUCCUCGUCCUCCUCCUCCUACUCCUCGUACGGGCGCGCCUCCCCGACGGCCGGGGCUACGGCCGCUGCGGGCGCCCGGGCUUUGCCGCCGGCGAUGCCGUCCACGGCGGACUACGCGGCCGGCGCCGGAGCCAUGCCUCCGCCGUUCCAGAGCAUGUAUGACCAAACGGGAGGCGCCGGCCUGCUUUACGGCCCAGACUACUGGUAG